UGGACGAAUGGAACUGGCUUACUGUUUGGUAACGGACCGGCAAAUAGGAAAAUUAGAUCAUUUUGUGCCUAUCUAAGAUAGAAACAGCAUUUCUAAAACAUCUUCGAAAACUGAGCGUUUUUUAAUCUUCAUUUUUCUAUUGUUCGCGCCCUCUUCGCAGAACAAAUCACUAUCUAGCCAAUUGGUCACUUAGAACCUUUCAAUUGAUCUUGGGACCUCGGAAGCCACUACUGCGUCAUGCUGCGAUCGGUACGACCUGCGGCGGCUGGCCAAGCUAGGAGUUGGUUUGGACCGAGGGCUGUUCCGCGCCUAUUUUCCACAUGCAACUCCUCCUCCGUCUCCUCAUCCAUUUCGUCAUGUGUCACUCCGAGAUCCUCAGUUGUUGCUAGAAACAACAUAUCCAACAUACCUAGCAACCCGACCCAUUCCCUACGAUUUCAGAGAAACCUACAUGCGACAACGAUAAGAAUGGCUGCGAACACGAGAACUGAGAGCGAUGCCUUUGGCGAGAUCCAGGUCCCCGCUGACAAGUAUUGGGGAGCUCAGACCGAGCGAUCCCUCUCCAAUUUCCGCAUUAACCAGCCCCAGGACCGAAUGCCUCCUCCCAUUGUGAGGGCAUUCGGUAUUCUAAAGGGUGCUGCGGCCACCGUCAACAUGCGAUAUGGACUUGAUGAGAAGAUCGGAAAGGCCAUUCAGCAAGCCGCUGCCGAGGUGGCUGACCUCAAGCUCAUUGACCACUUUCCCCUCGUCGUCUGGCAAACCGGUUCUGGUACUCAGUCCAACAUGAACGCCAACGAAGUCAUCUCAAACCGAGCAAUCGAGAUUCUAGGUGGAACAAAAGGUAGCAAGAAGCCGGUGCACCCGAACGACCACGUGAACCGUUCCGCCUCUUCGAACGACACCUUCCCCACGGUCAUGCACAUUGCUGCCGUUCUCGAGAUCGAAGGCGAGCUCCUGCCGUCACUCAAGAGCCUUCGGGAUGCGCUCCAAAAGAAGGUUGACGAGUUUGAGGCGAAGAACAUUAUCAAGAUCGGCCGAACUCACCUCCAGGAUGCCACACCCCUAACUUUGGCGCAGGAAUUCUCGGGAUACGUAGCUCAAUUGGACUUUGGUAUUAAGCGAGUAGAGAGCUCCUUGCCGGACCUCAGAUUACUUGCUCAGGGUGGUACCGCCGUUGGUACAGGAAUCAACACCUUCGAGGGCUUCGCUGAGGCGAUCGCUGCGGAAGUCAGCAAGAUGACAGGAACCGAGUUCAAGACGGCCCCCAACAAGUUUGAGUCGCUCGCCGCACAUGAUGCUCUUGUUCAGGCCUCCGGUUCCCUUAACACCCUGGCCACAUCACUUACCAAGAUUGCUCAGGAUAUUCGAUACCUAGGCAGCGGUCCUCGUUGCGGGCUGGGUGAGCUUAUUCUCCCAGAAAACGAGCCGGGUUCCAGUAUCAUGCCUGGCAAGGUCAACCCCACACAAUGUGAAGCCUUGACCAUGCUCUGCGCCCAGGUGAUGGGCAACCAUGUUGCUGCCACCAUCGGUGGCAUGAACGGCCAGUUUGAACUCAACGUCUACAAGCCUCUCAUCAUCCGAACCGUGCUGCACAGCGUGAGACUAUUGUCGGAUGGCAUGCGCUCGUUUGAGAAGAACCUCGUAGAGGGUCUCCAAGCCAACGAAGAAAAGAUCUCCAGCAUCAUGAAGGAAUCGCUCAUGCUGGUUACCUGCCUCAACCCUAAGAUCGGUUACGAUAUGGCAUCCAAGGUAGCCAAGAACGCGCACAAGAAGGGUCUGACUCUAAAGGACAGUGCUAUGGAACUCAAUGCCUUGAGCUCCGAUGAAUUCGACACGCUCGUCAAGCCGGAACUCAUGAUCGGGCCCAAGCCUUACAAGGGUUAGGUGCAUCAGGUAGUUGAGCCCGUCGUGCACUACGUUCAAGCUGAGCUUGAUGCGAUUGAGAAGAAGGCGGCGGCCUAUCACAGCCAACACCACCAAUCUCCCUAUUAAGGCCCUCACUAAGCGUUUGCUGACGUAUUGCCUUGCAUCUCAUCGGUGAUACCCCCCUAGCUACCUGUAUGAGUCGUGUCGUCGUGUCAACGGCGACCUCGGACUUCACAGAUCGUCGCAGACUGUAUAUGAAUAUGAGUAAAAAAUAAAGUAAACUGAUAUCAACAACCUUGCCAGCUACAUGUCAGAAGCCCGAACUUCGGAUCAGGCGAUGUGAAGGAUGAGAAGGUUAUUUUAGACUGUUCAACAGUCCCAUUAUCUCCGUUCUUUUACAACGCUUAAUAAGC